AUGGGUAAUUUUAUCUAUUGGACCGAACCCUAUGCGAUACCUAUUGAAACGAUUGACUGGGUGUUUGACGUGUUGGAUUUUACCACGGGUAUCUCUUUGCUUUUGGGUCUGAUCAGUAUCUACAUUUUCCACACGCAAUCCCCGCCGAAUAUGCUGACGUUUAGUCGGGUUUUGAUAGUUUAUCAGGUGGUAGCGUUGGCGAACGACGUGAUGCUGGGCACCGGACUGGCACCAUACUUCACGUUCCCGUGCCCGGGCGGGGUGCCAACCGGAUGGUUGAAACGCUUUGGGCUGUCCAGCUUUGCGCAGCUUAUCAUUGGCUGCGCCCUCCUCGGCCACUCUUCCGGCCUAAUCAUGAUUAUGUUUGUAGUCCGUCAGCAAUAUAUCCUGCCCAUUGGACAUCCCUUUAAAAUGAAAUUAAGAACAAAAGUCAUACUCUACCUCUUGCUCCAAAUUUUGCCCUACUGCCACUCCAUUCUGGGGCUUUUAUAUAUGGAAAAAUUUAAUGAUUUGAGCAUUACGAGGCAUUACUAUUUUGCGAAAUACCCAGCGCUCAGAAAUUUCAUAGCUCACCCUGGGUUUUAUUCCUUACUUCCCGAUGAUGCCUUUAUGAUAGCUUGCCAUAUGUUAUUUUGGGCUGCAGUAGGGAUGGUACUUGUCGGGGGAGCUUGUCUUUCUUGCUUCCAUGUCCUCGAAUCGAGCAAGAGCCGGGUCAGCGCAAAGACGCUGGCUAGCUAUAGGUGGAUUAUAUUGAAGCUGGCGAUUCAGGUCUGCAUCCCGAUGUUCACCUUAUUGAUCCCGGGUGCCUGCGCUGUAUUCUUAUUUUUCCUGGAAGACCCAAAUUGGAUUAGUAAGAAAACGACGGCCCUCCUCGAUCGAGACAAGUGGGGCGACGGGAGAUCGCUACUACCGCCGCCCUUCCGUUGCCGUGGUGGCAAAUUCUGGAAUAUCGAUGCACAAAAU